UAAUGUAAGGAAACUGCGGCAUGAGGUCAACCCAGUUGUGGUUUUUGUUUUGUCCCUCUGAUUGGUCAAAAGUCAAAAGCAUGAAAUUUCCAAGUUCAUCACUCCUGAGGCAUUCACAUUCACACACCCACAAUAGGCACUGGAAGCCAUUGCAUUGAAUAGGGCGGUUAAAUCCGCGGUUGACAGCUAACCUUCAUGCGGAAAUAGCGUUCCUUUCACACUUGCAUUCUUGUUUUUCUCCUUUUCACGGGCUCUCUCAUCUUUUCCUUUUGCUUCACCAUCAUCAUCUUUCAUCUGCCCCACUUUCCACAACUUCAACUUGUUUCUUAUUUACUAACCCCCCUCUCUCUCUCUCUAGCUUCUGUGUUCUUCAGUUCUCUCUUCAUGGGGUGCUGCUUCAGUGCCCAGAUCAAAGCUGAGAGCCCUCCACGCAACGGUUUGAGCUCAAAGGAUGGUAACACAGAAGAGGAUGGCUUAAGCGGCAAGAUCUCCACUCCCUCCGUGCCUCCAACACCAAGGACAGAGGGUGAGAUCUUGAAGUCCUCAAAUAUGAAAAGCUUCACCUUUGUUCAGCUAAAAACUGCUACAAGGAACUUUCGUCCAGAUAGUGUGGUGGGUGAAGGUGGGUUUGGUCGUGUUUUUAAGGGGUGGAUUGAUGAGCAAUCACUUGCACCAGUUAGACCAGGGACUGGAUUGGUCAUUGCUGUGAAGAUGCUUAACCAAGAAGGUCUGCAGGGACACAGUGAAUGGUUGACAGAAAUCAACUACCUGGGGCAGCUGCAUCAUCCUAAUCUUGUGAAACUGAUUGGUUACUGCUUAGAGGAUCACCAAAGGCUUUUGGUGUAUGAGUUUUUGACAAAGGGAAGUUUGGAUAAUCAUUUAUUUAGGAGAGGUUCUUACUUUCAACCACUUUCUUGGAACAUCCGAAUGAAGGUUGCUCUUGAUGCUGCUAAGGGUCUUGCAUAUCUUCAUAGCGAUGAAGCAAAAGUGAUAUAUCGAGACUUCAAAGCUUCUAAUAUCUUACUUGAUUCGAAUUACAAUGCAAAACUUUCUGAUUUUGGCUUGGCAAAGGAUGGACCAGCAGGUGAUGAAAGCCAUGUCUCUACAAGAGUAAUGGGCACUUAUGGCUAUGCUGCUCCUGAAUAUAUUGCCACAGGUCACUUGACAAAGAAGAGUGAUGUCUACAGUUUUGGGGUUGUUCUGCUUGAAAUCAUGUCUGGCAAACGUGCCCUUGACAGCAACAGGCCAAGUGGGGAGCACAAUUUAAUUGAAUGGGCCAAACCAUACCUCAGCAACAAACGCAGGAUCUUCCAAGUCAUGGAUGCUCGCAUCGAAGGCCAAUACUCGACGCGCGAAGCCAUGAAAGUAGCCAACCUUGCCAUUCAAUGCCUCUCUGUGGAGCCAAGAUUUAGACCAAAAAUGGAUGAAGUGGUGAGAGCAUUGGAGGAACUUCAGGAUUCUGGUGAAAAAACUGUUGCAGGGGUGGGAAGCCAUCGUCACCAUCAAACUGGGAGGAGUGAUCAUAGCUCAAGAAGCAGUGGCUACAGACAACAUAGAGGUAAACAACAUGAAACAACAAAGUGAAAGUGCAUGUUGGUUUCAAGUUAUCUGAUUUUGCUGGAGUUCGUAAUUGUACGUGUAUGUAUAUCAUGAUGAACUUCCACUUAAACUUGUCUUAAGAUUUCUGAUUGUUGUACAGUUGUUGAUUCAGUAAUAAUAUUCAAAUUUUCAUA